CCUCCCUUGGGUAGCAGGAGUACCAGCACCGGAACAAACUUUGACUUGAGGACGGCUGACUCGUCCACCUGCGACAGCCCGCCGAGGCGGCCACCGCAUCGUUCAACCCCAGUGCCUGGCCGCCGUGUACCUCGCACGCGGGCGUUGAACCCUCCUCCUGAGUUCGCACCCGCUCGGCCACUCCCCCUUUUAUCAUCUCCCGACCCGAUCGAUCAGCCCCCACCCCCAAAUCCAACCAACUCCUCCAUGGACCAUCCGAAGCCACGGUCCACGGCCGCCUCGGCGGCGGCGGCGUCGCCGGACACGCUGAACCCGCACGCCUUCACCUGCGAGCUCCCGCACUCGAUCUACGCGCUCGCCUUCUCACCGGCCGCGCCCGUCCUCGCGUCCGGCAGCUUCCUCGAGGACCUCCACAACCGCGUCUCCCUCCUCUCCUUCGACCCCGUCCGCCCCUCGGCCGCCUCCUUCCGCGCCCUCCCCGCGCUCUCCUUCGACCACCCCUACCCGCCCACCAAGCUCCAGUUCAACCCCCGCGCCGCCGGGCCGCCCCUCCUCGCAUCCUCCUCCGACGCGCUCCGCCUCUGGCACACCCCGCUCGACGACCUCUCCGCCGCCGCCGCCGCGCCCGAGCUCCGCUCCGUCCUCGACAACCGCAAGGCCUCCGCCUCCGAGUUGUGCGCGCCCCUCACCUCCUUCGACUGGAACGAGAUCGAGCCCCGCCGCAUCGGGACCGCCUCCAUCGACACCACCUGCACCAUCUGGGACAUCGACCGCGGCGUCGUCGAGACGCAGCUCAUCGCGCACGACAAGGCCGUGCACGAUAUCGCCUGGGGCGAGGCCGGGGUCUUCGCCUCCGUCUCGGCCGACGGCUCCGUCCGCGUCUUCGACCUCCGGGACAAAGAGCACUCCACCAUCGUCUACGAGAGCCCUCGCCCGGACACGCCGCUCCUCAGGCUGGCAUGGAACCGCUUUGACCUCCGCUACAUGGCCGCGCUGCUCAUGGACAGCAGCGCUGUCGUCGUGCUCGACAUACGCGCGCCCGGUGUGCCGGUGGCCGAGCUGCACAGGCACCGUGCUUGCGCCAAUGCGGUCGCGUGGGCGCCACAGGCCACCAGGCACCUCUGCUCCGCUGGAGACGACGGGCAGGCAUUGAUCUGGGAGCUACCCGAGACAGCGGCGGCUGUGCCUGCUGAGGGGAUUGAUCCUGUGCUAGUGUAUGACGCAGGAGCAGAGAUAAACCAGCUGCAGUGGGCGGCCGCCCACCCGGAUUGGAUAGCCAUCGCCUUUGAGAACAAGGUCCAGCUUCUCAGGGUCUGACAAGAAUUCAGCCGUGUCGCCCUUUGCUCAAUAAGCUCUUUACAAACUCCUUGGUCGGCCUACUCUUUGCUCAAUAAGCUCUUUAUGAAUUCCUAGGACGGCCUACUCUUUUCUGAUGCAUAUUGUGUUUCAGUUACGAUAUUUUACGUGGAUACUGUUUACCACCAAAGUAAGUGUGCUGUACCGCUGUCAAUCUUCAGUACUAGCAAGUAGAAAAUCUGCCCAGACGGUAUUUGAUAUUAUUUCGCUUGGAAACAACUAUCAAACAUGACUUUGAAUUUGAUAUGAUCUAUUUUCAUCAGAUUAUAAAAUUGCUUUGCCUUUUCAA